AUGAGAACUGCAAUUUCUAUGAAUGACAUGAACCCGAGCAUGCCAGCGACCAUGAACACGGUCAACACUUUUGAUCGAAAUAAAGAAGCUUCCUCAUCGAUCACCACCCAAAGUUUAUCGCGACCCGCCAACUCUUCCCGCAGGACGGGUCCCUGGGAACCUCAUGAGGACGAAAGAUUACUGGCAAUUGUGGCAGAGUUAGGCGUUAAGCAUUGGAAGCUGAUUGGCAUCAGACACGGCUUAAGGGAUGGAAAGCAAUGCCGCGAAAG